AUGCCGUCGAGGGCUCUUCCCCGACCCCAAGACACCGUGGCUGUCCCGCCCGCCCACCCCGGGUUCGCACAACCCCCACCCGACCUCGACUACCUCUAUGCAACCACCACCCAGUCCGUCUCGCCCUCGUCGACCCUCCGCUCCGCUCCUGACGGCCUGCUCGCCACCCUCGCUGCCCCCGCGCGCAAACGCAACUCGAGCUCCGCCGCGACGAACGCGCCAUUGAAGAAGCAGAACAUCGGCGCCCGCAAGAACAGCCUGCACAGCCAGCAGAGCCAGCAGAGCCAGCAGAGCCAGCAGAGCCAGCAGAGCAGCCGUACCAUGAGUGACGCAGACUCGGCUCAGGCGGCCCCGCCUGUCGAGCCUCCCGCCGCGAGCAAGCCCAAGCGCGUGCGCACUGGCUGCUUGACUUGCAGGGAGCGCCACCUCAAAUGCGACGAGGCCCUGCCCCAUUGCCAAAACUGCCGCAAGUCCAACAGGGUGUGCAAACGCGGCAUUCGUCUCAACUUCAUCGACACCACUGUGCAGGCCCCGCCCGUUGUUCCGCCGUCGCAGGACUGGAACGUUAGCUUCCUCGACGAAUCCCGAGACAUCGCUUCCGAGUACAAGGGCGGUCUCAGCAAAUACGGCGCCCCGGAGGUGCAAGCCACCACUCAAGCCAUGAACGGCCUGCAGCUUGAUUUUUCGCAAGGGCCUCCUCCCGCCCCCGAGCUCUCCCACCAGCCUCUACCCCCCAUCCAGGGCGUGCUUCCCGACAUAUACGCCGACGACCACAGCAACAUGAUGUACGAGACCUCGCAGCCGCCCGCCAAUCCGCACGUGCAGCACACCGGCAUCGAUUUUUCUGCUUCCAGUUCCAUGCAGGCAGCUUCCGCCUACAACAGCCAUGAGCCGACCACGUCGCCACCUGCACGCUCUCGAGACUAUCUAAACACCCAGGAAGAGGUAUUGUUCAUGCAGGUCUUCGUCGAAGAAGUGGGCCUGUGGAUGGACAGCAUGGACCCCCAGAAACACUUUUCUAGGCUGCUGCCGUUUCACGCUCUUGGAGAACCCAUGCUGCUGAACGCUUUUUUGGCAUGCGGCGCCCGCCACUUGUCUCUGGUCAAUGCCCGGUAUACUGACGACAAAGCACUGCAUUACUACGACACCGCCACAAGAUAUUUGCUCAACUCUCUACAAAACCCAAACCGCGACACCGUCAUCUGCGCCACUACCGCCGUCAUCCUUAAUGUUUACGAAAUCAUGUGUGAACGUGCUCUGCAACGAAUGAACCACAUUGCUGGCGCCCGUGCUCUCAUCAAAGAAUGCGGCUGGAACGCGAGGUCGACUGGGAUCGGAGCUGCCUGCUUCUGGCUGAAUGUAGGCAUGGAGUUGCUGAGCUGUCUGCACUUCAAUUGGCAAGUUGCUUGGGAUCCUGACGAGUGGGGCGUUGACAUGGAUUUCACCCGGGAGACCGAGGCUGGGCGGGAAGAGCCGUGGACCUACCGCAUCGUCUACAUUGUGGCAAAGAUCGCCAACUUUCGGGCGUCGAUUCCGAGAAAGUCUACCGGCUCUCCGCGAGAUGACCAGAUCAGACUGCAGAAGAGGUACGCCGAGUGGCAGAGAUUAAAGGGUUGGUGUGAUUCCUGGAACGAAUGCAUCCCCCGGACCAUGCACCCGAUGGCAUAUCUCUAUCCAUACCAGACCACUUCACAAUCAGCCUUCCCCGAGGUUUGGCUUAUCAAGCGGACGACGAUUGUGGCCCGUCUCUUCUACCACACGGCCAUGUGCCUGAUGGCGCAGAUCAAUCCGGUCGAGUCCAAGGACGGCGGCGAAAUGCACGACCUCUUGCAACGUCACUCCCAACAAAUAUGCGGAAUAGUCGCGCAUGUCAAAGACCGUGGUGUUGCUAGCGUGGCCCUCCGUUCCCUUGCCAUUGCUGCCGAAUGCCUUACCAAUCGUCGUGAGCAAGAGGAGGUCCUACAGAUCCUGGAUAAGAUACGCCAAGAGACUGGGUGGCGUGUUGCGUUCAUCAACGCCGAGCUCAAGAAGCAAUGGGGAUGGCCAGACGAUCCGCCGCCCCAACAACAGCAACCGCAGCAACAACUUCCGACUCCAAACAUGGGCGGAGCUGCGCAGAUGCCGUAUGUGGCAGCUCAGGCGCAAGCUGCAGCGCAAGCUCAAGCGCAAGCUCAGGCCCAGGCUCAGGCCAACGCGGCGGUUGCUUCUGUGCAGUCGCAGGCAACGUCGCUGCAGCCAAUGACCAGCCUGCAACCUACUCCCACCACGGCCGUGAGCAAUCCGACCCAGAUAGCAGUAGGAGCGCCCACAACCGUGGCCCCUAGACCCCGACUGCCUUCAGGAAUUCUCAAUCCGAUGCUCGCCGCAGCCGAUUUUUCGAUGCCUCAACAUCCUUAUCAAAGCUACUAUGUUGCGCCCAACAGCAUCAGUAGUGGAGGCAGUUGGGCUUUUAAUACGUGA